UAGCCACCUACGUCAUUGAAUACACAGCAUAUAAACAAUUCAGAAAAUGUAGUGCGCCACUGCAUACCCGUGAAUCAGUUGAGUUGACAAAUCGGUUACGAUGGCUGCUAUGCUGAGUUUGUGUCUUUGCGCCUGCGCAGUCUUGGUGUCAGGUUAUGAAGACAUAGCACAGGCACAACUAACCGAUAACAUCGAAGCAGGUAUCAACAACAGAUAUCGAAGAACUCCCUAUGUCCAGCCAGUAAAGCCAAUAGCUGAACCUAAACCCGAGGUUGAACCUCUCCCUGAACCUCUACCCGAACCAGUAGAUCCUCUGUUUGGCCAGAAGGGACAUGUUAUUCCUGGCAAAGGAAUACACGGCGGGUUUGUCAAUAAGGGUCUUGGUAUUCCCGGAAAGGGGAUACAGGUACCGGGAAUUGGAAUGGGUGGCGGUUUUAACAAUAUGGGACCGAGUAUUGGAACAGGUGGCGGUUUUGGCAACAAGGGUCCAGGUAUUCCUCCAGUUGGAAUUGACGGCGGUUUUGGUAAUAGAGGACCGGCUAUUCCUGGUAAUGUAAUUGGCACUGGAUUUGGUAAUAGGGGACAGGUUAUUCCUGGAAGCGGUAUUGGUACUGGGUUUGGUAACAGGGGACAGGUUAUUCCAGGAAGCGGUAUGGGCACCGGGUUUGGUAAUAGGGGACAGGGGCAAAUUAAUCCUGGAAGCGGUAUGGGCACCGGGUUUGGUAAUAGGGGACAGGUUAUUCCAGGAAGUGGUAUGGGCACUGGGUUUGGUAACAGGGGACAGGCAAUUAAUCCAGGAAGAGGUAUGGGCACCGGAUUUGGUAAUAGGGGACAGGUUAUUCCUGGAAGCGGUAUGGGCACUGGGUUUGGUAAUAGGGGACAGGGGCAAAUUAAUCCUGGAAGAGGUAGUGGCACCGGAUUUGGUAAUAGGGGACAGGUUAUUCCUGGAAGCGGUAUGGGCACCGGAUUUGGUAAUAGGGGACAGGUUAUUCCUGGAAGCGGUAUGGGCACUGGGUUUGGUAAUAGGGGACAGGCAAUUCCUGGAACUGGUAUGGGCACUGGGUUUGGUAACAGGGGACAGGGGCAAAUUAAUCCUGGAAGAGGUAGUGGCACCGGAUUUGGUAAUAGGGGACAGGGUCAGUCUGGAAGAGGUAUGGGCACCGCAUUUGGUAAUAGCGGACAGGGUCAGUCUGGAAGAGGUAUUGGCACCGGAUUUGGUAAUAGGGGACAGGGUCAGUCUGGAAGAGGUAUGGGCACCGGAUUUGGUAAUAGGGGACAGGGUCAGUCUGGAAGAGGUAUGGGCACCGGAUUUGGUAAUAGGGGACAGGGUCAGUCUGGAAGAGGUAUUGGCACUGGAUUUGGUAAUAGGGGACAGGGUCAGUCUGGAAGAGGUAUUGGCACCGGAUCUGGUAAUAGGGGACAGGGUCAGUCUGGAAGAGGUAUGGGCACCGGAUUUGGUAAUAGGGGACAGGGUCAGUCUGGAAGAGGUAUUGGCACUGGAUCUGGUAAUAGGGGACAGGGUCAGUCUGGAAGAGGUACUGGCACUGGAUCUCGUACCACAAGACAAGGUACCUCUAGAGCCGGACUAGGGCCAGCAUUUAGCAGCGGAAUUACGGAGUUGCUAGCCAGUCGACUGACAAGUCAAAACAGAAGAAACAGGCAAAUGCGGCAACAAAAUGGACAAUUUAACAGACGGAACAUAGGCUGAUAAUCAGGGACAUGCAGUUCAAAGUAGAUCGGUCGGAUAACGCACAAUGACGGACAAUUGCACAUGCGUGAUAUGGAUUUGAUCUUAAAACGUGACAUGGCGCGUACAAAUCGAUAUUUCCUGAUUGCGGAUUUGUCUUGUGUUUCGUUUGCCUUUGUCCAUGUUUAUUUAAUUUCCAUUAAAUAUGAUCUUACAAAUUCACAUGACGCUUGUCCCGAAUGUCCAGAUAGCGUACGUGUUUUGGUUAUGGUCGUUUGUCUGUUUAUUUAAGUUCCAUAAAUUUGCUGGUGCCGAAUGUCAGAUA